AUGCAUAACCCAGAAGACAUAGUAAAGGAAGCUCUGAUAACCGUUCCAAGUCCGAGGAGAUUCCCUUCAUUGGAAAUAGCAUCAGGACUAGAGGUUCCCAAAACAAUGUCACCAAGGUCUCUGGAGGAUCUGAACGAGUUGUAUAGAGAAAUGGAGUUCCCGACGAUAGAAGAGAGAAUGCUUGACGAUCACAUGGCUCUGCUAGAUGUUCUGAACAACCUGAGCAUAGAGUAUAAUAGAUAUGGCCUGAUUAUCUCAUCAGAGUUGGACGAGCUAAGAAAGAAGCAGGAGGAGAUAGCACUUUAUGACGAAUACGAAAGAGAAUGUGAUAUUUUGGAAGUGGAACUAGCAAACAUGAAGCAGAAGUACGAAGAGACGUGGAAGUACAGCUGUCAUGAGAUAAGCGAUCUAAGGCAUAGACUUGAUGAGCUUCGGAAGAUGUUUAAUGACAUGGAGUAUGGAAGGUUACACUCCAAUCUCAUCAAUAGGAUAUUUGCAUUUCUAAGAGAAGAAGGCCCUGGAGAUGAGGAGGUUGUUAGUUCUCUUGGAUAUGUCAAGGAAACCAGAGAGUAUCUCAACAGCAUGGAAAAGAUGCUUGUACUUGAUGAAAUUGGAAAUAUACCUGAUUCAUACAACAAGAUUGUUUGUCAGCAUCUUAUUCAUGAAGAAUCAAUUGAGCUGGACAAAUUAGGAAAGAUUCUAGGCGUGGACAGAACAGUACUUCUAAGAAUAGUUUAUGGGCUGCUGAGCAAGGGAAUAAUUGCAUUCGAUAGGUCAGAGGAUAGAAUAUGUCUCCAGAGAUGA